AUGGAGGAGCUCAAAGACCGACUUGACUACCACUUCAAAUCCAUUCCAUUGUUAGAAGAGGCUUUGCAUCCAGCUGACACGCGUCCGCUGCAAGGCAACAAGCGUCUGGUGCUCGUUGGAGACUCCGUUCUGUCCACUUCACUUCUGGACGAAUGGUACGAUAGUGGAGAUACCAUCGGCACGUUGAACUACACAGAAAAUGGGGAUCACAUACUGCGAAAGAAUGCUUGUAACAAACAUUUGAGCUGCAAAGGUGAGGCAUUUGAGCUGGACGACUUUAUAACCGGCCAACCGGCACAAAAGGGCGAGAUCACUAAUGGCACUCGUGCAACGACGGUGGAAGCCAUUCUUGGCGCUGUUUGGAUUGAUUCAGGAAUGAAAAUUUAUGCUGUCGAUGUUCCUAUGAUUUGGUGA